CCGGCGGCGGCGGGCGAGCGGCAUGGCCGUGUGGACCCGCGCUUGCAAAGCGGGGCUGCUGGAGCUUCUGCUACGGGAACGUUGGGUGCGGGUAGCGGCGGAGCUGAACGGGGAAGCGUUGAGCUUAACGGCGGAACCGGGAGGCGGGGAAACGGCGGCGCUUAACGGCGUGGUGAACGGCAACGCGGAGGCGGCGGCCGGUUGCGUGCGGAGGGUGCGGGUGGUGAAAGCGGAGGCGGGAGGACUCGGGAUCAGUAUCAAAGGAGGGCGGGAGAAUCGUAUGCCCGUGCUUAUCUCACGGAUCUUCCCCGGGUUGGCGGCGGAACGGAGCGGAGCUCUCCGGUUGGGCGAUGCCAUCCUCGCCGUUAACGGCGUCGAUCUCCGGGAUGCGACCCACGAUCAAGCCGUCCAGGCGCUGAAGCGAGCCGGCAGGGAGGUUAUCCUCGAAGUGAAGUUCAUGCGGGAGGCGACCCCCUACAUCAAGAAGCCGUCGCUGGUGUCGGACCUGCCAUGGGAGGGGGCGGCCCCGCAGUCGCCCAGCCUGAGCGGCAGCGAGGACUCGGGGUCCCCCCAGCACCAGGGCCCCCGCGACCGCAAGGUCAUCCCCCUGAAGAUGUGCUUCGCUGCCAGGAACCUCAGCAUGCCCGACCUGGAGAACAGGCUGAUCGAGCUGCACUCGCCGGACAGCAGGAACACCCUGAUCCUGCGCUGCAAGGACACAGCCACAGCCCACUCCUGGUUCACCACCCUGCACGCCAACAUCACCGCCCUGCUGCCCCAGGUGCUGGCCGAGCUCAACGCCAUGCUGGGCACCGGCGGCGCCGCGGCCGGCGGCAGGGAGGUGAAGCACAUCGCCUGGCUGGCAGAGCAGACGCGGCUGGACGGCGGGCGGCAGCAGUGGCGGCCGGUGCUCAUGGCGGUGACGGAGAAGGACCUGCUGCUGUACGACGGCAUGCCCUGGACCAGGGACGCCUGGGCCUCCCCCUGCCACAGCUACCCGCUGGUGGCUACCAGGCUGGUGCACUCGGGCUCGGGCCGGCGCUCGCCCGCCCUGGGCUCGGAGCUCACCUUCGCCACGCGGACGGGCUCUCGGCAGGGCGUGGAGAUGCACGUGUUCCGCGUGGAGACGCACCGCGACCUCUCCUGCUGGACGCGCGUGCUCGUGCAGGGCUGCCACGCUGCCGCCGAGCUGCUCAAGGAGGUGUCCGUGGGCUGCACGCUGGCCGGGCAGGAGGUGCAGCUCUCCAUCGACUACGAGAGCGGCUUCAGCAUCAGCCGGGAGGAGCCCGGCGGCAGCGUCCUGUUCCGCUACCCCUACGAGCGGCUCAAGAUGUCAGCGGACGACGGCAUCAGGACCCUCUACCUGGACUUCAGGGGCCCCGAGGGGGAACUGGCCCUGGACCUGCACUCCUGCCCCAAGCCCAUCGUCUUCAUCCUGCACACCUUCCUCUCGGCCAAAGUCACCCGCAUGGGGCUGCUGGCGUAGGCUCCGGCCCCUGCCCGCCUCCCCCCACCACACACCAGCCGGGGCGAGCGGAGGGACCCCCCUGCCCCUCCUGCCCCCCAGUGCCUUGCUGGGGUCAGAGUUGCCGCCCUGCGAGCUGCCAGCCCGGGGGAGGGGUGAGCCCCUCCUGCUGCGUGCCGACAGCCCUGGCCCCCAGCACACGGCGGGACUGGGGCACAGACACCAGCUUUACCCCCCCUGAGGCCUGAAGCCAUUGCUGAUCUCACCACUUGUGCCUUGGAGCAGGGCGAGCUGGACCCCCAUGCUGGGGGGACCCUCCCUGCUCCCCUCACCUGCUGUGGGGGGCACCAGCACCCUCCCUGCCUUGGGGGGACCCCAGAAGGGGUCACUUUGUCCCUGCAUAGGAUGGGGCUUAAGCUGUGAGCGCCCCCCAUCCUUGCUGCAGCACAGGGCCCCCUUGUCCUGCUCAGGGACACAGACCCACACACACGCUUGUUUGUCUCGGGGCACUUGCAGGUACAAAAGGGGCUGCCCCGAGAGAGCCCCCGAACUUCCCAAAGCCAGAAAACAAACCCCAUGUCUCUGCUGCCCAGGGGGCUGCCCAGGGGGUGCUCAGGCCCCGUGGGUUUGGGGCAGGACGUGUAGAUUGAUGCACUUUCGCUUUUUGUACUUUCCCUUGCGGGGGGAGCAGCUCCCGCACCCUGGGGCACUGGGAGAGCCCUGGGCACAGCGGGAGGGGGACCCCCAGGGCUCCCUCUGACACUCCAUUACCCCCCUCAGCCAAACCUCUCUGCUCCUGUUUCUGCUUCCUGGGGGCUGCGCUGGCCAGAGGCCACAGAGUGUUUCGGGAGGGGGUCCUGGGGGGUCCCAGCAGGUGCCAGCCCCCAGCCCGGGGCUGCAGCUUGCACACAAGCACUACAGGUCCUGGCCCCCCAGCCCCUCUAUUUUUGUAUUCUUUGUAAAUCGCUAUUUAUAUCAGACA